CUACCGGGCCGUACAGCCAUGCUGUCAAGGCAAACGGGUUUGUCUUCAUUACGGGACAAAUAGCUACUGAUGAGACUGGUAAAAUGAUGGGAGGAACAGUCGCAGAGCAAAUGGACCAGACAUGUCGAAAUGUCCAAACCGUCCUGGAAGCUGCGGGUUCAAGUCUGAACAAGGUGAUCAAAGUCCAGUUGUAUUUUAAAAGCUUGAGGGACCUUGAUAAAGAGGUGAAUGAGGUCUACUACCAACACUUUCCUCACAAACCAGUCCGAACCUCGGUUGAGGUUAGAGGGCUUAUGCUAGAUGCCAGAAUCGAGAUUGAAGUUAUUGCUCUGCAA